CACACACAUAUACACACACACACAAACACUGCCAAGGAGUAUAAAAGCCUUGGGCAGAGGGGAAGGAGCACUCCAAGCCCAUCCCUCUUCCUCUGCUCCUCUCCUGAAAAACCCAUCCAUCCAUCCACCAUGUGCCACACCAGCUGCUCCUCUGGCUGCCAGCCAACCUGCUCCGUGCCUGUGUGCUGCAAGCCUGUCUGCUACAUCUGUCCUUGCUGCCGCCCGGCCUCCUGUGUGGCCCUGCUGUGCCGCCCAGCGUGCCCUGUGGUGACCAGCUGCCAGGCAGUCUGUGGAGCUGGCAGCUGCUCCCCCUCCUGCUGUGUGUCCAGCCCCUGCCAGUCCAGCUGCUGCCAGGCUAGUCCCUGCAGCCCCUCCUGCUGUGUGUCCAGCCCCUGCCAGUCUGCCUGCUGCGUGCCAGUCUGCUGCAAACCCACCGUGUGUGUGCCCGUGUGCUGCAAGCCUGUGGUCUGUGGGGUCCUCUCCUGCCAGACCUUGUGCUGCCAGCCAGCCUCUUGCACCUCCCUGCUCUGUGGACCCUCCUGUGCCCCCUCCUGCUGCUGAUCACUUCUUAGCCCAGUUCAGUUGAGAGAAGCUUGGAACAGCUUCUCCUCCCAUCACCAUGGGCACAGCCUCUUGUUGCUGAGCAGGGGCCCUCACUCACAUUCUAUGUGUUGAAGUCAAUCUAUGGUCCUGGUGGGACUCACAAGCCCCAAGACCCAGGCUAGGUCAUUGUUGUCAGAGUCAGGGGACUCAUCCCACCUCAGGGCCUUCCCUCUGGAACAGGAACCCCCAUUCCCACAGGGAAGGCCAGAUCCUGGGCACUCCACAAUGAAGCUCCGGCUUCACCCAGCCCUCUGACAGCCCCAAAGCAACCAUGUAAUAAAUUCCAAAG